AAUCGCUCAAUUUCUCUCCAUUCUGUACUUCCACGUGACUUUCUGAAUAUCCCACUCGCUAAAAACCCAGCCAGCUGCCCACCAACACUCGACAAUAUGAAGCAACCACAUACAUCCUCCACUUCCCACUUCACAAUGCCACUAAGCAACCCUCUCCUCCUCCUCCUCCUCCUCCUCCUCCUCCUCCUCACCACCCUCACCACCUCUCAGCUUGAGCAAACAACCUACCUUCCCCCACUAGACGCAGUUUCCAUCCUCUCUUUCAAAUCCAAAGCUGACUUAGACAACAAACUCUUCUACACCCUCAACGAACGUUUUGACUACUGUCAAUGGCAAGGCAUCAAAUGUGCUCAAGGCCGUGUUGUCCGUGUUGUCCUUCAAGGUUUCGGUCUGCGUGGGACUUUCCCUCCCUUCACUCUUUCCCGGCUCGACCAACUUCGUGUCCUUUCUCUCCAAAACAACUCCCUCUCCGGUCCCAUUCCUGACUUGUCCCCACUCUUUAACCUAAAAUCUCUGUUUUUAAACCAUAACUCUUUCUCUGCUUCUUUCCCUCCUUCCAUUUUAUUGCUCCAUAGAUUAACAGUUCUUGAUCUUUCGUACAACAAUCUCGCUGGACAGCUUCCGGUAAAUUUAUCUUCUUUGGACCGGUUAAACUCGCUCCAACUCGAGUUUAAUCAGUUUAACGGGACACUCCCUUCUUUAGACCUCCGACUUCUUGUUUUCUUUAAUGUUUCUGGUAAUAACCUUACCGGCCCCAUUCCUUUGACCCCUACAUUGUCACGUUUUGACACUUCCUCUUUCUCCUUAAAUCCUUAUCUUUGUGGAGAGAUUAUUAAUAAGGCUUGCAAGCCACGGUCUCCAUUUUUUGAUUCUUCGGCUUCUCCUACUGCUAGUUCGCCGGCAGGAGUGCCGUUUGGACAAAGCGCUCAAGCUGGAGGUGGGGUUGUAGUAUCUAUAACUCCUCCUUCUAAGCAGAAGCCUAGUAGAAGUGGUGUUGUAUUGGGAUUUACUGUUGGGGUUUCGGUUUUAGUACUGUCUUUGCUGUGCUUUGUUUUGGUUUUGGUCAAGAAACAGAAGCAAGAAAGACAUGCCGAAGAAGAGAAAGAACAAGUGGUGACCGGGACGACUUCUCCGGUCAGAACACCUUCGAACAAUCCGGCAAUGCAAAGUCAAGUUGGAGAGAAGGGUCAUGAGAUUAUAAAUACGAAGGCGAAAGAAGGGCUGGUUCAACAAGUUAGGAAAGCAGAGAAGAGUGGGAGUUUAGUGUUUUGUGGAGGGAAAACACAGGUUUAUACAUUAGAGCAGUUAAUGAGGGCAUCUGCCGAGUUGCUGGGGAGGGGUACGAUUGGAACUACUUAUAAAGCUGUUCUUGAUAAUCAAUUGAUUGUUACAGUGAAAAGGCUAGAUGCUAGUAAGACUGCAAUUACUAGUAGUGAUGUGUUUGAGAGGCACAUGGAUGUUGUCGGUGCGCUUAGACACCCAAAUUUGGUGCCAAUCGCUGCUUAUUUUCAAGCUAAAGGAGAAAGGCUUGUUAUCUUUGAUUAUCAACCCAAUGGCAGCCUCUUCAAUCUCAUUCAUGGUUCAAGAUCAACAAGGGCAAAGCCACUUCAUUGGACAUCAUGCUUGAAGAUAGCAGAAGAUGUGGCACAGGGUCUUGCUUACAUCCAUCAAACGUCAAACCUUGUACAUGGAAACCUGAAAUCCGCCAAUGUUCUACUUGGAGCUGAUUUUGAGGCCUGCAUCACAGACUACUGCCUUGCCAUGCUUGCAGACACUUCUUCUAGUGAAAAUCCUGAUUCUGCAGCUUGUAAAGCACCUGAGACUCGCAAGGCUAGCCGUCGAGCCACUUCCAAAUCUGAUGUCUAUGCAUUUGGUGUGCUGUUACUGGAGCUUUUGACUGGUAAACAUCCAUCACAACAUCCAUACCUUGUGCCUGCUGAUAUGUUGGACUGGGUCAGAACAGUGAGAGAUGACGGUAGUGGGGAUGACAACCAGCUUGGAAUGCUUACUGAAGUUGCUAGUGUUUGUAGCUUGACCUCACCGGAACAGAGGCCGGCAAUGUGGCAAGUGUUAAAGAUGAUACAAGAGAUAAAGGACAAUGUCAUGGUAGAAGAUAAUGCAGCUGAUGGAUAUUCAUAGCUCCUUUGUCUGUUUUCACACAAUUGAAAGCAUAGGAGAAUUGAACUCGGGCUAUCAGAACUGUCCUUUUGGAAGGUAUGUACCCCCUUGAAGAAUUAUAGAAUGGAAUGAUCAAUGCGAGCUAUGCGUGAAAUGGGAAAAUUUUCAUUUCUCCAGACUUCCCCUGCAGAGGUUACCACCGUUCUCGAUGUCACGGAUGUGGGAUAUAGAUCAUGAUUUUGUAAAGGCUGCUUGUUUUUUUCCUCUCUUUUUCCCCUCUUAUGGAGUGUUUAUGAUCAUUUUGAUUUUUGAGGUUUACUUCAUGAUUACGCAGUA